CGACGGUCAGCAGCAGCGACUGUAAACAAACCAGUAGGUUUCACAACUUUGAUUUAAAGGGAAGACAUGGAUGAAGAUAAUGACUUAUGUUAAUUUAAAAUUCAGAUGAACGACGUGUAACCUUUUUUUUUCUUGUUUAUUUAUUUUCUGUCGACUGUUUACUUUCCAGGCAUGGAUGCUGAGGGCCCCCAGGCCCUGUGCGACCUCUGCAUGGCUCAGGUGUGUCGCAGCCUGGAUGUCCUGUGCAGCAGACGAGCAGACGGCUCCAUGAGCCUCAGCUGGGCCCCGGUCUUCCCACAGGAGAUGGCAGACCAGCUACUGCGUAAGAUGGCAGCUAAAGAGAUCCUGAAUGACACAACUGUUGGGAUUUUCCGCAACUGCAAAGAGCUCCGCCUGCGCCGAGCCUCCAUCCGCUGCUGUCCAGUGUCCGCAGAAGCUUUCCGCCUGGCCCUCUGCCCUCACCGGCUCCAGGAACUCGAUGCCUCCUGGGUCUCUGGUGGCCUCACUGUGGCGAACAUUGUCUCAGGCCUGGCCUCCAACCCCGAGUGCAGAGCCAGCCUGCAGAGGUUGUCCCUCAAUGGGCUGCAUGUGGACUGGCAGUCUCUGGUGGUGGAUGGAGGGACCCAUGAUGGCUUCAGCUCCUUGCGGGGCUUGAGGACGCUCAACCUCGCAAACACAGACCUCACUGAUGCCGUCCUCGAGGAUAUCUGUACUCUCCCUCAGCUGGAGAGCCUGGACAUCUCCUGCAGCGCUGUCACAAAGCUCACUGCGCUCCUCAAUUGCAAAAACACACUGAGAUCUUUGACUGUCCAUCGGCUGCGGCAGCUGGAUAUGUCACCUGUCAGGCUGCUCUCUGUCCUCAGCCGACUUCACGCUCUCAGGCAUCUAGACUUUUCAGAGGACCACUUUGCCGUGGAUGACAGUGACGGGAGAGACGGGGAUGAGACAGUGCGGCAGAUUCUUGAGGAGAGUCCCAAGGUCCUUCCUUCCCUUGUUUCUCUAGAUAUCUCUGGAAGGAAGAGAAUCACUGAAACAGCAGUCAGAGCGUUUGUAGAGGCCAGAGGUGGACUGAUCUUCCUGGGCCUGCUAGCCACUGGGGCUAGCUCCUGUGACGUCCUGUCUUCACAUGAAAACCUAAAAGUAACUGGAGAGGCUAAUGGGAACCAGGUGUGUGAGGCCCUGAGAAGGUACAGAGACCGCGAGUGCUUCAUACGAGAGGCCCUCGUCCAUCUCUACAAUCUAACCACUGACAUUGACAAACCACAACCGGACAUGCUAAAGCUGGUACUGAGUGGGAUGCAGAGCCACCCCACCUCCCUGCACGUCCACCUGGUGGCCACAGCAUGUGUGUUCAACCUGACCACUCAGGACCUGGCGGAGGAAAUGCCUGUCAGCCUGCUUAGCUCCACCGUCACCCAGCUGCUGUACGCCAUGAAGACCUUCCCCAACAACCAACAGGUGCAAAAGAACUGCCUGCUGGCGCUCUGCAGUGACUACAUCCUUCAGGAUGUCCCCUUUGACAAGUAUUUAGCUGCCACCCUGGUGAUUAACUGGCUACGCAGCCACGAGGAUCCGACCCUUCAGAGGAUGGCUGUGGCUGUCAUCUCCAUUCUGGUGUCCAAGUUGUCCACAAAGGAGACGGCUCAGCUCGGCAAGGACGUCUUUAUUAUGAAGCAGCUGCUGGCAAUUGUGCAGCAGAAAGCCAUGGAUGGAGUGGUGGACUCAACUCUGAGGUUUGCCCUGAGCGCUCUGUGGAACCUGACAGAUGAGAUGCCCGCUGCUGCUCUCAAUUUUAUCGAGUGCCAGGGCCUGGAGCUGUACGAGGAAGUUUUGGAGACCUACUACACUGAACCUUCCAUUCAGCAAAAAGUUCUUGGCCUCCUGAACAACAUAGCAGAGGUGGAGAUGUUACAGGCCGACCUGAUGGAGAAGGACCUGCUGGAGCACAUCCUCGGCCUGCUGCAGGACACCCAGCUGGACGUGGGGGUCCGUUACUUUGCAGGGGGGACUCUGGCACAGCUCGCCUCCAGAUCAGAGGCCUGGACCCUGGACGAGGAUUUCCGCAGCACCAUACUGGAGGAGCUGCAUGCAUCCAUAAUGACAUGGACACAACUCGAGAGAGAAAUGGUCUCAUACAGGUCGUUCCGUCCAUUUUGUCCUCUGCUUCAGACUUGGCAGCCCUCAGGAGUGCAGCUGUGGGCAGUCUGGGCCAUACAUCUGGUCUGCAGUCAGAACACUUCACAUUACAGCAGCAUGAUGGAGAAUGAGGGCGUGACUGAACUUCUGAGGGCUCUGGCUGCACAUCCUGACACACACGACGACAUUAAAGGACUGUCAGGCAGCAUCUUGCACAUGGUAGAGCAACUCCGGAGUCACUCGGGGUCCUCCAACGACCAAGCGGGGCCUGGAAACUCUUGACAGAAGUGCAAAGACAUUGAUUUCAUUCGUUUAUUUUCAAAUGAGCUGUGCCUAAAAUGUGCUAAACAUGAGGUCGCAGAUACAGUGUUGGAGCACAGACAGUUCAUGUCAGUCAUCUGGGAAUGAAAGUUUAAUGGAAUGAAUUAAUUUUAUAUAGAGAGUAUGAUCACAGGUUGUGAAAGGUUUUCCUGUUAUCAUCUAGCUUCAAGAUCCAAUGUGUAAGAUUUAGGGGAUUUAUUAAGUGGAUUUAGUGGUGAGGAUUUCAGAUUACAACCAACUUUCCUAGCUAUAAUUCCUUCAGUGUUGGUUUUUUAGGUUUUUAAUCAGGAGCCACAUUAUCCACAGAGGUCUCUUCCUCUCCAAAACAGACAGAUCUGAUGAUUUAAACUACUAAAAACACUGAUCACAAUCACAAUCAGUAUUUUUUCAAAGAUGCUCAUCGUGGAUGGGCUGCUAAAUGUGACUGGCGUGACAAGGACAAAUGUGACAAGGACCCGCCCCCUAUGUAGACGUAAACGGUUUAUUCUAAGGUUAAGAAAAUACAACAAUUCUGAUUCUCAACUGAUUAUACACUAAAGAAAACAUAACAUUAUAUUCCAUAUCUGCCAGUAUAUCCCCCUAAAUCUACACACUGGCCCUUUAAAUCUGCUGAUUUAGUUUAAUAUCACUUAGAGAUACAAACUGUUUACAGGCAGCAGUGAAAGCAUAUUUGCACUAUUCUGAGGUCAAAUUACUGUCAAGUUGGAAAAUGUCUGACCUCAUUAAAGUGUUGCAGAACUUAGAGACUAAGCUUGUGUUGUGAAUCAUGCCUAGACUCAGAACCUGUCACUAGAGGGUGCUUUGGUACUGCAGCUUCAGGGCUGUUCUGCCUUUAAGGUCUGUUUGUGUAAAAUAUUCAGUCAUCAGAUGUUUAGAUUCAAGAUCAUGUUCCUGUGUCUGUACUGAGGGCCUCAUUAUAAAGCAGUCAUGCUGGAAAAUAA